AUGAGUUCCUAUUUUGUGAAUCCCACUUUCCCUGGGAGCCUGCCUAAUGGCCAGGACUCUUUCCUCGGGCAAAUCCCCCUUUAUCCAGCUGGCUAUGAUGCUCUGAGGCAUUUCCCAGCAUCUUAUGGGGCAACAAGCCUGCAGGACAAGACCUACACCUCACCUUGUUUUUACCAACAGUCCAACACGGUCAUUACUUGCAAUCGGGCAUCCUAUGAGUAUGGAGCCUCGUGUUUUUAUUCUGACAAGGACAUAAGUAGCGCCUCUCCCUCCGGCAGUGGCAAGCAGAGGGGACACGGGGACUAUCUGCACUUUUCUCCUGAUCAACCAUACAAAUCCGACAGUGUGCAAAGCAAAAUUUUAAAUGAGGAAGGCAGCGACCGGAAGUACACGAGCCCUGUUUAUCCCUGGAUGCAGCGGAUGAACUCCUGCGCUGGUACAGUGUAUGGAACACAUGGGAGACGGGGGAGGCAAACUUACACCAGAUACCAAACGCUAGAGUUAGAAAAGGAAUUUCAUUUUAACAGAUACUUAACCAGAAGACGACGGAUUGAGAUUGCAAACGCUCUCUGCCUUACUGAACGACAAAUUAAAAUAUGGUUUCAAAACAGGCGAAUGAAAUGGAAAAAGGAAAACAAACUCAUACAUUCCACAGAGCCCAGCGGCGAAGAAACAGAGGAAAAGUCAGGGGAGUAG